AUGCUUUUCCACAAGCUCCUCGUCACUCUUUUCGCCGUCCCAUUCGUGGUCGCCCAGGACGCCCAGCCCUCGGCCUCGGACGCUGCUGCUGCUCCAUCGGACGGCGCUGCCCCGGCCGCUGAGACCCCAGCUGCCGACCCCGCUGCUGGUAGUGCCGCGCCGGCCGCUGCAACCACCCACAAGGGCUCGGUUGGCGGCAACACCGAGAACACUGGCCACGGCGUCCAGAACAGUACUGCUGGCGAUUGGAAGGUCACCAACUUCACGGCGCCUAACACCGAGAUCUACUGGGUCAAUGAGGCUGAGAACACUGCCAUGUGGGGUCCGUACGACCAGGCCGUCGACCUCGUCAUCUUCAACUCGAACACGUCGCUCCUCGCCGAACAGCGCCAGGUUGCCUCGAACAUCCCUGCCGGUACUGGCUCGUGGACCGGCAUGAUUUCGGGAUUCCUCCCCGGCAACAACUACAUCCUCGUCCUUGCCUUGACCGCCGACCCUACCCGCAAGAUUGCCCAGACUCGCGGCUUCUGGAUCAAGCGCAACGGUACUCUCGCCGCUCCUCUCCCUUCGGGCGCCGGCCAGACCCUUUCGGGCGGCGGUGUCGCUGCCACUGGCUCGGAGACUCCCACCGCUCCUGCCGCUUCUUCCCCUGCUGGUACAGGCCCCGCGGCCGCUGCCACUUCUGGCUCUGGUGCCAAGAUGGCCGCUUCGUUCGUCGCUGUCAUCGGUGCCGGUGCUCUCGCCUUCACCCUCUUCUAA